AUGCACCAGCGGACGCCCAUUUGCCACAGCUCGUGGCAGGUGUAUGUCAUGCAGGAAGUGCCACUUAAGCUGUGCCUCCUGACCGUGCACAUCAGUUUGAGCUACUACAGCUGUGGCUUAUAUCUCAGCAACUUGGCUAAAAUGGAUAUGAAUUUGGACAUGAGUUCAACCAGCCGCUAUCUGAUGUUGAGUAGUGUCUUCUGUGGCUUCUACCACUUUCUGGCCGAGCAUCUCUGCCGGAACUGUGAAAUAUGGCCGUUGCCAGUGAUCCGAGUAAAACAAAUCAAAUUCCGAAUGUAUUGGAUGAAAUGGCCCAACAUCUGGCAAGGCCUUCGUAAAAGUGCAAUCCCAAUGCUGAUCGUUUCCUUAUUUUACUGGCACAGUUGGCAAGUGUUCUAUCAAUCCUGUUGCAUCAACACAUUGAUCACAGUUAAGCUGCAUGAAAUCAAAAGCAUCUACGGAGCUAUGAUGCUUCGCAAGUUGCCAUUAACGCUUCGAAAUAAGACUCGGUAUCGGCAACGGCAACGGAAAUUGCCGUUGAUCUUGGCCCUGAGCACAACUUCUUUACACGGCUUUCAGCUGCAAGUGGCUAAGGACUUUUAUCAUGACAUGGCCAACAAAAGGAGUAGGGAAUGUCGCCAGCUGUUUAAGCUGGAUAAAUUUAAGCUCAAACAUAGCAAUAACUGGAAACGUGUGCGAAAUGUUCUUCUGGGCAGAAUUAAGUAUUUUAUGCGUAAACUCGAACAAUAUCUGGAACUGACACCCGUCGUUCGGAAACCAACUCAUCGUCUUCAUUCCAAUAUGCGUCCAUUAAUGCUCAGUCCACCAAAGACUACGAGACACUUUAGCUGCCGAUCCCGUGACAAUCAGCCUUUUUGCCAGCCCUGGGCAGCCAACUCCGAGUCCUUUUUGUGGCUGUGGUUUCAGCGAAAGCUAUGUAGUCUGAAUGGCCUGUUUAAUAACUACCUGAUGCAUAUUGCCAAGAGCUGGUCAUCACAGAACUACUUGGAGUACGAGCUCAACUGUGGCCUUUCACUUAUCUGGCUGAUUCAGGGACUUGUCCGUAUUUGCAUACGUUCCCUUAAGGAGGACAAAUAUGGCAUACUCCAAGCGGAUCUGGAGCGAAUCUUUCAGUUGCUGAUUGAGCUAGAAAGGUUGCUCUACUCGGCUGACAAACUCCAAAAGUACCCAAGUGCUAGUCUAGCACUGCUCUUACCUGCAACUUCCCGAUCUAUAAACAGAUUAAUAUACCACUUUAAGCCGUAUUUGAAUUUUAUUGUUAAGGAUGAGAAUCUACUAAAAGAACUGCGGAGCCGGCAAAAGAUUUAUCAUAACAAGCGUUCCUUUUAUAAUGUUUCAUCUGUUUAGUUUUCAUUUGAUUAAUUUCUAUUUAACCAUUUUAUAUUCAUUUGCAUCUUAA